CAAUAGCCCAAACAAGUUAUUUCCCCUAUAAGUAUGAAAGAUACGAGCACUAAAUAACAGUGUUACUGCGACUAUAUUGCGUUAUUACUUUGAUCGGACAACAAAACAAGUAAAAUAAUCGCGUGGAUGUAGUGACUUGAAUGAUUUCAACCCGAUAGGUUUUUCGGAAAACGAUAUUGGAUGUUAACAACAGCCAUAGAUUGUCAAGCGAAAAAACAAAGACUCAAAUAAAAAGGAAAACGGUUUCAAAAUGAUGUUAACAGUUAUGUUGUGUAUUUUAGGUGCCCGUGAUUUCUGCGAUAUUUACACCAACGACACAGUCUGCUCAGGAAUAAGCAAUUCUACUCACGGAGAUUGGUCCACGAGUGUGAAGGAUGGCGCGGUACGAUGUGAACUGAAGUGUUCCGAGGGGUACGCACCAGACAAAUGCAACGUUCUGAUUGACAAGGGAAACGGCACGUGGGAUCGAGACAUCCCUAACUGUGUCAAAGAACCUUGGACAAACGGGUACCCAGGAAAGGUUGUGAUAUCCCUGGUAACCGGAGUUGGACUUGCUAUUGGACUUUUUAUUGCCAUUCACAUUCUUCUCUAUUAUGUGGGUUUCACCCCACGUGGCGUCAGACGUAAAUCCUGUUCUGCCUGUAUACAGAGCCCUGACACAAAAUCCGGAAGUGUGUUUGCGUGUUUACAGAGAGCAGGAGUCAAGGGAUGUGCCUGGCCGGUAAAUGUGACCGUGUUUAUCGCAGCCAUUGCGGCGACGUUAACUACAUUAUGUGGUUUCUUGGGAAACUAUUGCACAUGAGAUCAAUAACAUAAAUGAUGAGUUGUGAACAACUAACGCCAAGCGUAUGAAGUUCAUUUAUGAGACUUUUAAAAUUGCACUUUAACAGUUAUAUCAUUUACUGAAAAAAUGACAGUUUUGUAAACACGUUUAAAUGACGAUUUCUGAUAAAUACAAUAUUUUCGUCGGUUA